AUGCAACAAUGCUCUCCAUCAGUAGCUCCAGUAGUUAAGGGAGAUGUUUUUGGCUCUUUUCAGUGUCCAAAAACAGAGGUUGAAAAGGAGCAAAUGAGAUUGAUACCUUAUGCUUCAGUAGUAGGAAGUUUGAUGUAUGCUCAAGUCUGUACUCGUCCCGAUAUUGCAUAUAUUGCUGGAAUGCUAGGUCGAUAUCAAUCUAAUCCCGGCCUAGAUCAUUGGAAAGCAGCAAAGAAAGUGUUGCGAUAUCUUCAAGGAACGAAAGACUAUAAAUUGACAUAUAGAAGAACUGACAACUUGGAAGUAGUAGGCUAUUCCGAUUCUGACUUUGCUAAAUGCAAAGAUGAUAAGAAAUCGACUUCGGGGUACAUCUUUAUGCUUGCAGGCGGACCAAUUUCAUGGAGGAUUCAUAAGCAACAGUUAACAACAACCUCAACGAUGAUGGCAGAAUAUGUUGCAGUGUACAAUGCAACGUGCCAUGGGAUUUUGUUAAGAAAUCUCAUCACUGGACUCAAAGUCGUUAAGUCCAUAUCACGACCAUUGAAGAUUUACUGUGACAACUCAGCUGCUGUUAGUUUCUCGAACAACAACAGUUCCAGCGGAGCUGGUUUAUACCUCGAUACAAAGUUUUUGUUCGUUCGAGAACGCGUAGAGGAAAAUAAUCUUUGUAUCGAGCACAUAAGCACUAAAGAUAUGCUAGCGGAUCCGAUGACUAAAGGUCUACCACCCAGAACUUUCCAAGAUCUUGUAAUGAGAAUGGGUUUUAGUAAAGACCUUGUAUGA